GUAGGGGGGCCUGCGCCGUGGGGUGCCAUGGAAGCGCAGCAGCAGGCGACGGAGCAUCAACAGCAGCAGCUGAGAAACGUCACUCGGCCCCCUCCGAGACAGUUUUCUUAUCUAUAAAAGGAAAGGAAGAAUUUAACGAGCUUCGGGACUUCUUGUUGGUAUACAACCGAAUGACAGAACUGUGCUUCCAGCGCUGUGUGCCCAGCUUACACCAUCGAGCACUAGAUGCAGAAGAGGAAGCAUGCUUGGACAGCUGUGCAGGAAAGCUGGUCCACUCCAAUCACCGCCUAAUGGCUGCCUAUGUACAGUUGAUGCCUGCCCUGGUACAGCGUCGCAUAGCAGACUAUGAGGCUAGUGCAGCAUUGGCAGAGACAACUGGAUCUCCAUCAAAUCCUGUGGCUGGCCAGCAUGGGGCUCCAGGCCCAGAAAGCUAGGGGAUUUCUGUUCGCCUACCAUCUUGGGAUGGAAAGCUCAACAUAGUGCUUUCUGGCCUCAGGAGUUUGUGUAGCAUGUCUUGGGCAACAUAGGGAGGUUAAUGGAGGCAUCCUGUGUCAAUUACACCUCUGCCCUUAUGCCCAAUUACACAAAUGCCCAUGUGUCAUCACCUCAGGGGCCUGAUGUUUCCUACAAAGCAUACUCAGGCAAAGGGAGAGUAAGCCAAGGAUACCUUCUAAAUUCAAAAGGAAAUAGUUCAAAGGACUAGGACCAGAGGUGACUGAAUGGAGAGAAUGACUACCUGAAUCUUCAAAAGGGUUAGAAGAUAAGAGAAGGAAAUAUUUAUUAGUUCAUUACAAUUAUAACUAUCUUUCUAAUCCCUUGUCACUGAAACCCAGCUAUGGCAUUUCUGUGAGUUUGGAAACAUCCCUAACUAUGUACCUUUCCCCUUGCCUGAACCUGCCUGUUAGCAGUAAAGUCCUUACAAGUUUCUAUGGACUGUGUGUGCUUGCUUCAGGGGAAACAGGAUAGGAGUUGUUUGAGACUUCUUAUUCUCUUGGACUGGGGAUCUAGGAUAGAGAAAAGGUUAGUGCCUCAAAGUUUUGGCCUUUGGAUUCAGGAAGCCCAGAGCUGUUGGAGAAGUUUCCUUAGACUUUUUGUUUGUUUCUUAGUGGCUUAUUUCCUUUUAAAAUCUCCACCUGUACUUUAAAUUCUAUUCUUUUGGCCUCUCCUCUAAGACCCUGAUUCACCUGUCACCCCUCUUCUCUCAUUCCUAUACAAACAUUUUCUCCUUUAUUUCUCUGACUCUUAAUCUCCUAAAAAAAAAAAACUAAAAAAAAAUUUUUUUUUAAAUGUGUAUUGGCUCCAAGGCAGAAGAGUGGUAAGGGCUAGGCAAUGGGGGUCAAGUGACUUGCCCAGGGUCACACAGCUGGGAAGUGUCUGAGGCCAGAUUUGAACCUAGGACCUCCCAUCUCUAGGCCUGGCUCUCAAUCCACUGAGCUACCCAGCGGCCUCCUAAAACUCAAAAAUUUUGCCUGGACUUUGCUACUCCCUUCAGCUGUUAUUUCUUUACUGUCAAACUCCUAGAAAGAAUAGUCUAUAAUAAACUUUUCUCAGCACUAUUUUCUCACCCACUUUUCUCACAACAUUAUUUGAUACCCUGAAAUCUGGCUUCUAUUCCCAGAACUGUACUGAAAAGUUUUUAAUUAUUUUAUAGCCAAAUCUAAAGGUCUCUUCUCCUUCCUCUGAUUUUUCCAGUAUUGGACAGGGGCCCCCAUAAUUUUUUUUUAACUACCUCACCUAAAAGUGACAUUGUCAAAACUUAAGAUUAAUAUUUUCUCCAGACUUCUAAUUUCCCUAUUUCUAUAGUUGCUACUAUUUUCCUAUAGAUAAUGAGGUAUGUCUCUUGAGUCAUCUUUUACUGGUUUUUCUCUUAAGCUGAAACUGUUUUCAAGGCCUGACUUAUUUAUGUGAUGUCCUUUGUAACCGCUUCAUCUCUAAUUCUGAUACUAACAUUCUAAGGCACAUAUCACCUCUCAUUUAGGCUGUGAUAUAAUCUUAAUAAUCUACAUCUUCCCUUUCUAAUCAUUCACACAACUGUCAGAAUAAUCUUACCAAUGAUAAAAUGUCCCUGCUUUAACAUAAUCUAUGACUCCCUGUUAUCUGCUGAUUAAAGUCCAAACAUUUGGCAUUCAAGGACCUCAAUGAUUUGGACCCAACCUAUCUUCUUAGCAUUGUCUUCCAUUGCUCUUCUUCAUUUAACCCUAUAUCAAAGUCACCCUGGAUGACUUGUUCUGCUGGAAUAUGCCAGACUCUUUAAGAUUGCACAUAAACCAUGCCCAACACUAGGAAUGUUCUGAUCCACUUUUUAAGACCCAAUAUAAAUACAACCCAAAAAAUUUACCCUAUUAACUUAAGUAGAAGUCUUAAAAAUGUGUCCCUUUGUCUCUCUUGGCACUUUUAUAUCAUACUAUUAAAACUUGGAGUCAAGACCAAGGCCUCAAUUCAGACUCCUGGUUGGUUGGUUGGUUGGUUGGUUUUUUAAUCCUUACCUUCUGCCUUAAAAUUGAUAGAGAGUAUCAGUUCCAAGGCAGAAGAUUGAUAAGGGCUAGGCAAUUGGGGUUAAAUUUUUCGGUUGGGGUCACACAGGAAAUGUCAUUGGCCAGAUUUGGACUCAGGGCCUAUCUCCAGGCCUGGUUCUCAACUGAGCCCCUAGGUUCCCAUUUUUAACUAGCUGUGUAAACAAUUGGCAAGUCUCAUUAAACCUUUAUGAACCAUAAUCUAUUGAACUAGAUAAUAUUUGCAUUACCUUACCUCAUGGGAUUAUGAGGAAGGUUACAGAUAUGAUAUAUGCUAUUUGAAAAACUAGGAACUACCCAUUUGGAAAUGGCCGCAUUGAAUUUUUUUCAACCCUUCUUUCUUAGAAGCAAUAUGGUAUAUUGGUUCCAAGGCAGAAGGGUGGUACGAGCUCGACAAUGGGGGUUAAGUGACUUGUCCAGGAUCCCUAGGAGGGUUUGAGAACAGAUUUGAAUCCUGGACUUCCUGUCUCAAUCCACUGCACCAUCUAGCCAUCCCCACUGCAUUUAAUUAUGAUUUAAAGAUGAGAAGUAGCAUGGCAUAGUAGAUAGAGAGCUGGGCACUUUUAGGAAUCCCCACCUCUAAAACAUAGUAGUCUAAGAUAAUACGUUGCUGAUAAGAUUCCAGUCCACAUCGAUGAAAUGAGUUUCUUCAGGAGUUCUUUUCACCAGUGAAACCACAAGUUCGGUUACUAUCAAUUCCAUACUAUAGUACCAUUAACACAAAGAAAUAGGAUAGGUAGUUGGCCUGAGAUCUCAUUGGUAGGGGAAAUCCUCCUUGUAAAAAGUCACAUCAGUACUUUUAUCACUUAAGAGGUUUAUUUAGAUAAUUGCCUAUAGCACUGAGAGAUUAAGUGACAUUUAUCCACGAUCCUACUGGUAGUAUAUAUCAGAAGCAAGUCUUUAAUUCAGGUCUGGCUCAAGAGAUUGAUUCUAUGAGGCCCAUAUGCCUCUCAAAUAAGAAUAUGAGGAAUUACAAAUAUGAACUCAUUCAAAGAGAGGUCAGAAUAAGAACACUGGCUAAAAGUUAAUGGAGUUUUAGAAGUAGAAACUCAGAACGCAAUACACAGUAUUGAUUCCAAGAUGGAAGGUAAGGGUUUUAUAAAAAAAAAAAAAGCAGAAAUUCAAAAGAAAGUAAUAUUUUCAAUUUCGCUAGUUGUUUUUUCUUAAUGAAAAUGCAGAUAAAAAUUAAAGUGUUUAUGUGGAAAUUCCAUAUUUGGGUUGCUUGUUCAUUAGUAAGUGUGAAGUUAAUUUAAAACAAGAUGUGUACUAUUAUUCUUAUGUACAUAUGUGUUUUAUCUGAAUUCAAGGACCAUGUUUUCAUUCUUGUCUCUUCAUUGCUUAUCACGGUGCCUUGAAAAGCACAUAUUGGGUGCUUAAUAAAUUAUUGUUGAAUGUA